UAGAACUCUAGAUCAUCACUGUUAGUAAUUUUUGGAACCGCUUUCCAUUUUUCAGUACAGAGCCAUUCAUUGACCGACACUACAAUCUUCCAUUACCAAGCUAUUGACUUCCAUGGAUUCUCUCUUUAGCUUCAUCUCUAUACCAGCCUUGCUUAUCUACCUUAUCCUCUCUUUUCUCUCUCUCCAAAUCCUUGCUAGAAAACUCCAUGGAAACAAGAAAAAGUACCCUCCAAUCAGUGGGACUGUAUUCAAUCAGCUAAUCAAUUUCAAGAGGCUCCAUCAUUACAUGACUGAUCUUGCCGCAAAGAACAAGACCUACAGGUUGAUUAGCCCUUUCAGGAAUGAGAUUUACACUUCUGACCCUGCAAAUGUUGAGUAUAUUCUCAAAACUAACUUUGAAAAUUAUGGCAAGGGGGGGUAUAAUUACUGCAUCUUAAGGGAUCUAUUAGGCGAUGGAAUUUUCACAGUCGAUGGAGACAAGUGGCGCCAACAGCGAAAAGUAUCAAGCCAUGAAUUCUCCACCAAGGUAUUGAGGGACUUCAGCAGCGUGGUCUUCCAGAAAAAUGUUGCAAAACUUGCCAAUCUCAUCUCUGAAGCUGCAACUUCCAACCAAAUAAUGGAUAUUCAAGAUCUGUUUAUGAAAUCAACCUUAGAUUCAAUAUUCAAAGUGGCCUUUGGAGUUGAACUGGACAGUAUGUGCGGAUCGAGUGAAGAAGGCGCCAAGUUUAGCAAUGCCUUUGAUGAUUCAAGUGCAAUGACUCUGUUGCGAUAUGUUGAUGUCUUUUGGAAGAUAAAGAAAGCUUUGAAUGUUGGAGCGCAAGCUGAGUUAAAGAAAAAUGUCAAAGUUAUCGAUGCUUUUGUGUACAAGCUAAUCCGUAGCAAGAUUGAGCAAAUGGACAAGUCACCCAAUGAUCCUUCUACAAAGAAAGAAGACAUCUUAUCAAGGUUUCUGCAAGUGAGUGAAACGGAUCCAAAGUACUUACGAGACAUAAUUCUUAAUUUCAUAAUUGCUGGCAAAGACACAACAGCGACCACUCUUUCGUGGUUCAUUUACAUGGUGUCCAAACAUCCGACCAUACAGGAAAAGGUUGCACAAGAAAUUAAAGAAGCAACCGGCAUCGAAGAGGUUACAAACUUUGCUGAGUUUGCAGCAAGUAUGCGCGAGGACGCUUUUGAAAAGAUGCAGUAUCUCCAUGCGGCUUUAACCGAGACUCUCAGACUCUACCCUGCAGUUCCGGUGGAUGCGAAGAUAUGCUUCUCAGACGAUACACUACCAGAUGGGUUCAGUGUGAGAAAAGGGGAUAUGGUGGCUUAUCAACCGUAUGCAAUGGGGAGGAUGAAAUUUUUAUGGGGUGACGAUGCAGAAGAGUUCAGACCAGAGAGAUGGCUUGAUGAGAAUGGUAUCUUCCGACAAGAAAGCCCUUUCAAAUUUACAGCAUUCCAGGCUGGGCCACGAAUUUGUCUGGGAAAGGAAUUCGCUUAUAGGCAGAUGAAAAUCUUCUCGGCUGUCCUGUUAGGCUGUUUCGUGUUCAAACUGAGCGAUGACACGAAAGCUGUUAAUUACAGGACGAUGAUUAAUCUUCACAUUGACAGGGGCCUCCAUGUCCGCGCCUUCCACAGAUUAGCUGUCUAGAACCUCACAUGUAGUUUUUGGCAGUGUUCUUUUUUCUUUUUGAAAUAAAUUUUGAGUUAUGUUUGGAUGAUGGAUUUGAAUAGACAUUUGAAAUAGUAAAGGAAAAGGCGAGGAAAAUGAAAAAAAAAAAAAAAUUGACUUAUAUUCUGUUCACAUUGCCCUCCCCUUUUCCUCGCUCUUUUUCAAUUCUCUAUUGAAAUUCAUUGUAAUUCAGUGUGCAGUAAUGUGAAAGUUGGCAAGUUGCCAAGCAAAUCCUAAAACAACGACAAGUCACUUGUUAGUUACAGGACAAUGACACUUAACAUGUGCUGUAAAAAUCUUGCUCAUUGUAUGUAUUAAUAUGUGGUGUUUGAAAGUUUGCAACCA